UUAUUGGACAGGAAGGUCCAUGACUCCUGGUGCAAUCCAAUGGAGUCAUAUCAUUGUCUGAAAAAUUCUAUAAAUAGGCACUGACAGUCCCUUCCCCAUUCCAGACCAACAAUUCUCCAUUCUCCUUCUUCUUCACUCUAGAUUGAGAACACUGUUCCUUUAAAUUAAGACAAUGAGACUCUUGAAAGUAGCAAGUUGCAACUUGAACCAAUGGGCAAUGGAAUUUGAUUGUAAUCUGAAGAACAUAAAAGAAUCCAUUGUUAAGGCUAAAGAAGCUGGUGCAGCUAUUAGACUUGGCCCUGAGCUUGAAGUCACUGGUUAUGGCUGUGAAGAUCAUUUCCUUGAACUUGACACUGUCACCCAUUCAUGGGAAUGCUUGAAACAAAUCCUUCUAGGAAAUUACACGGAUGGAAUCUUAUGCAGCAUUGGGAUGCCUGUGAUCAAUGGAUCAGAACGUUACAAUUGUCAAGUUCUAUGCAUGAACAGAAAAAUCAUAAUGAUCCGCCCAAAACUAAGGCUUGCAAAUGAUGGAAAUUACAGAGAGUAUAGAUGGUUCAAGGCAUGGAAGCAAAAAUAUCAACUCGUUGAUUUUCAGAUCCCAGCUGAUGUUGCUGAAGCUAUAUCACAAAAAUCAGUACCUUUCGGCUAUGGCUACAUUCAGUUCCUGGAUACAGCUGUUGCUGCUGAAGUGUGCGAAGAGCUAUUCACUCCAUUCCCACCACAUACCGAGCUUGCACUUAAUGGAGUUGAGGUGUUUAUGAAUGCAAGUGGAAGUCAUCAUCAGUUGAGGAAGCUCGAUCUUCGUCUCCGUGCUCUGAAAGGUGCUACCCAUACUCUUGGAGGAGUUUACAUGUACAGUAAUCAUCAAGGAUGUGACGGUGGUCGCCUUUAUUAUGAUGGAAGUUCUUGUGUUGUUGUGAAUGGAGAAGUGGUCGCGCUAGGCUCACAAUUUUCUUUAAAAGAUGUUGAAAUUGUGCUUGCCCAAGUGGAUCUGGACAAGGUUACUAGUCUGAGAGGAUCUGUUAUUAGCUUGCAAGAACAAAGAAAAGGAAAAUCCACAGUACAAUCAGUACCAGUACCUAUAAAUAUUUGUCAGUCUUUUGACAGACGAGUAUCUCUUUCUAGUCCCAUCAAGAUCAAUUAUCACUGCCCUGAGGAAGAAAUAGCACUAGGCCCUGCUUGCUGGUUAUGGGAUUAUUUGAGAAGAAGUGGAGCUUCUGGGUUUUUGCUUCCUCUUUCUGGUGGAGCAGACAGCUCCUCUGUUUCUGCUAUUGUUGGUAACAUGUGCCAACUUGUUGUCAAAGAGAUUGCAAAUGGAAAUGAGCAAGUCAAAGCUGAUGCAGUUCGAAUCGGCUGUUAUCCUGAAGGGCAAUUCCCUACAGACGGCAAAGAAUUUGCAAGCCGCAUAUUUUACACUCUCUUUUUGGGAACUGAAAACAGUUCUCAAGACACAAGAAAUCGUGCAAAGAAACUAGCUGCUGAGGUUGGUUCACGGCAUUAUAAUCUUACGAUUGAUAGUGUCGUUUCAUCACUGGUAACCUUCUUUCAAACACUUACAGGCAAGCUGCCACGUUUUAAGGUAGAUGGGGGUUCUGAAGUUGAGAACCUAGCAUUGCAGAACAUUCAAGCGAGAAUUAGAAUGGUUAUAGCAUUCAUGUUGGCCUCACUCUUGCCUUGGAUUAAUAACAAACCAAAGUAUCAUCUCGUUUUGAGUACCUCUAAUGUUGAUGAAGGAUUGCGUGGUCACCUAACAAAGUAUGAUUGUAGCUCAGCAGAUUUAAAUCCUCUCGGAAGUAUUAAUAAGACAGACAUUUGGGGGUUUAUGCGAUGGGCUGCUGUCAAUCUUGGUUAUCCAACCUUAGCAGAAGUUGCAGCAGCUCCUCCAAGUGCUGAACUGGAGCCUAUUCGUCCCGACUACAGACAGACGGAUGAACUAGACAUGGGAAUGACAUACGAGGAACUCUCAAUUUAUGGAAGAAUGCGGAAAAUUUUCCGCUGUGGCCCAGUGUCGAUGUUUAAGAAUCUGUGCUGCGAAUGGAGUUCAAAAUGUUCUCCCUCAGAGGUGGCUGAAAAAGUGAAGCUAUUCUUCCAUUAUUAUUCCAUCAAUCGCCACAAAAUGACAACCUUGACACCUUCUUAUUAUGUUGAGAACUAUUCUCCAGAGGACAAUAGGUAUGACCUUCGCCAGUUCCUGUACAAUACGACAUGGCCUUACCAGUUCCGGAAGAUUGAUGAACUUGUUCAAAAGUUAGAAGGCAAUAAAGCAGAGACAAACAACCACUAAGAACUCGGUACUAUCACAAAUGGACAUUAGCGAAAAGCUUAAGUUGGAUUUUGUGGUUCGAGAUCGGGCUAAGUGUGUGCAAAAUAAGGCUUUUUAGCCAUAUUUUCUUUCUCUUUUUCCCGGAAUUUUAUCACAUAAGUUUGUGGAAUCUAUUAAUCAUCAAGAAAUGGUCCUGCAAGAAUUUUCAGGCGCGAUCAUUUGAUGAAUAAAGAUCAUAUAUAUGUAAGUGUGCAUGCCAUGUAAUUUACAAAUCCAUUAAUAAGAAAAGUUUUCUUUUCUUA